AUGCGGCGAAGACCCCGCACCACCUUCCUCCUCUCCCUGCUCGCCAUUAUCCUCUUCGCCGCAUUUUCCCUUCACCUCUCUCGCAAUGCCGUUUCAGGAUGGCGACCCGACUCCGACAUCCGAAACCUCAACGCCAAUCUAACGAUCUUCCGCAACAAAAACAUCAUCAACGAAUUCCCCCGACAAGCACGCCACGUGUCCUCCAUCAAGGAUUCCCUUUCUUCCGUUUCCGUCCUUCUCCCCGAUUGGGAGAUUCUCCUCAUCCUCUCCCCAAACACGCCCUUCUCUUUCUCCGACCAACACCACUGCUUCUUCCGCAACAAUGCCCAGUCGCUCGCCAGAUUCUCCGGCUUCCUACCCUUCACCAACCGUACCACGUUUAAGUGCGACUUCCCCGAAUCGGUUCGCCGCCGUCGCAUGUUCUCCCAGCCCAUGCUGGUAGCCGGAACGACGGAGACUGAAUUCCCGGACCCAUCGCCGGCGCCGGAACUCAUGAGGUGGAACUUUCUCGUUUACGAGUCUUUCUCCACGGAGGACGACGUCGUUUUGUUCGCCAAAGGUGUAAACCAUCGCCAGGGAUACAACAGGUCGCCGAAGGAGCUACGGUGCGUGUUUGACGUGGGGGACGGAAUCCGUAACGCCGUUACGAGCUCCGUCCAAGAAGUGUUCCGAUGCCCGCACCCGGAUCCGUUGGAAUUGGGUUUGGAUUAUGAUAAUGGGUUGUCCGAGAGAGGGCAGAGAAUCGGAAUUUCCCUUGAGAUAGUUGCCGAAAACAUCGUGGUUCCGUCCGUGGCGUAUUACAUGGGCAGGCCCAAAUCGAAGCCUAGGGUCAAUGCACUAGCCGUAAAAGAAGACCUCGGGUCAGAGGCCCAAACCAGGCCCAAAUACUUCCUAUGCGCGUGCACGAUGGUUUACAACGUGGCGAAGUUCUUGCGAGAAUGGGUAACGUACCACUCGAGGGUGGGUGUGGAGAAUUUCAUACUGUACGAUAAUGCAAGCGAUGACGAUUUUUACAGCGUGGUGAAGGAGCUUCGUGCUGAGGGUUACAACAUAAGCACGUUGUUUUGGAUUUGGCCCAAAACCCAGGAAGCUGGGUUCUCUCACAGCGUUGUGUUCUCAAAGUCGAAGGGAUUGUGCAAGUGGAUAAUGUACGUGGACGUUGACGAAUUCGUGUUUUCUCCCACUUGGGGACACGGAAAAUCAAAAUCUGCUUCGUUGAAAUCAUUGUUGCCGUUGCAACGAGGAACAACGAAGAGCAGGAUCGGGCAAGUUUCGAUUAGGUGUUUGGAAUUCGGGCCUUCGGGUAACCGGGAGCACCCGGUGGAAGGGGUGACGCAAGGGUACACGUGUCGUAGGAGGGUGGAACAGCGGCACAAGUCGGUGGUGUUGGUGGAAGCGGUGGAGGAGAGCUUGCGGAACGUGAUACAUCAUUUUGAGGUGAAGGAGAAGGAGGGGUUCAGGUCAAAGGAGAUUAGAAUGGAGGAGGCGUUGGUGAAUCACUACAAGUACCAAGCGUGGGACGAGUUCAAGAGAAAGUUCAGAAGGAGGGUUUCUGCGUACGUUGUGGAUUGGACCAAUGCUGUGAACUCUAAUUCUAAGGAUAGGACUCCUGGAUUGGGGUUCCAAGCAAUAGAACCCAAAGAUUGGACACAAAGGUUCUGCGAGGUUAGGGAUGGGAGGUUGAAAUCGUUGACCCGAGCAUGGUUCGGAUCCUCUACCCGCAAUGGGUACAGAAUGUCUUGGCAAAGGAGCCAGCAGCACCUAUAA